AUGUUACUUCAAGGCGCUAGGCAACGUUUUAUCUUACCAGCAUCGCCAUGGUGGGGAGGAUUCUACGAGCGACUAGUUAGAACGGUAAAAGCAUGUCUUAAGAAAACUCUAGGCAAAGCGUUUGUGACAUUUGAAGAACUGCAGACUAUUCUGAGUGAUAUCGAAGUCGCGGUAAACAAUCGACCAUUGGCCUACGUAAGCGAAGAUGAUUUGGACGAAGCGCUGACACCAUUUCACUUAAAGUACGGUUGCAGUGUUUCUACGGGAAAGCAAUUCAGAUCGGCAGACUGUGUAGCAAUCUCUAGUUUAGAUAGUCGCAAACAACGGUUGUGGCAUUUACGAAAGGUACUAAAGGAUUUUUGGAAGCGUUUUCGCACGAAUUACCUGAACGAACUUCGUCAAACGAAUCUAUACCGAAAGGUCAAAAGUAAUAACGACAACAAUAUCACGGUAGACGACUAGUCUAGUGGUCUAAUCAAAGAUGACAAACCUGCUCCACGUACGCAGUGGAGAAUAGGAAGAAUGUUAGAACUUGUAAAGGAACGGGACGGACAAGUUCGAGGUGCACGGUUGAAGGUGCUGUCGAAAGCCGGAAAACAAUCAUUGGUACAUCGACCCAUUCAGCGUUUGAUUCCCUUUGAAAUUCGAGAGAAAUCUAGAGUAGACUCAGCAAAUGACGUAGAUGCAGAGGAAGAUAGCGAGAACGAUGAAGUUCCAAAGGGGAUUGUGGUUCAAGACGACGUUAUCAACGCACGGCCUAGAAGGAAAGCGGCGGUUGAAGGACAGGCCAUGCCUCGAAUUCGCGAACAAUAUACCUAA